CAGCUGCAGCUGCACUGCAGGGUAGCUGCCAGCCAGCCAGCCACUGUAAGGAUGUGCAGGAGCAAGUCAGUAGCCUACUUCGCCCAUGACCCGACGCACCGGCUGCUUCCAGCGGGCGACGACGGUGACGGCGGCGAGUUCACCUGUCAUGGAUGCCUAGUGGCCGGCGCCGGCCGUCGGUACCGGUGCGGCAACCCGGGCUGCGGCUUCACGCUGCACGAGGUGUGCGCGCGCCGCUUCCCGAGGACGCUCAAAUCCGCUGUCCACCCGCAGCACAGGCUGAGACGGCGCGAGAGCGCCACGGAGACUGAGACCGACGACCACGGCGGCGGCGGCGGCGGCGGCGGCUGCGGAUUUUGCGAGGUGUGCGGGGAGGACGUCAAGGGCGCGUGCUACGGCUGCGCCGCGUGCGGGGUCGCCGUGCACCCGCUGUGCGCGCGGCUGCCGGGCGCGGCCCGGGGCCCCGCGCACCCGGGCGGCCACGAGGCGUGGCUGGUCCGGGCGUCGUCUGCACCGCCGGGCGACGACAGCGACGGCAAGCAGAAGGUGGCGGCGCCUGCGUGCGCGGCGUGCGGGCGUCCGGUCGGCGCGUGGCGGUACCAGUGCGUGGAGUGCUGCGAGGAGCUGCACCCGCGGUGCCUCGUGCCGGCGACGGACCAGUGCCGCGAUGCUGGCGCCGUCACCGGCGAACGCGAGGAGUCCGUGGCGAAGAGCUGCUGCUGUGGGCUGCUGCACGACGUUACUCGCUGCAUGGCUACGAUGGGCACCGCCCUCCAUUACCGUGGUUAUUAUAAUGGUUAAUAAUUCAGUGUGCGCCGAUUUAUGCUGCAACCCGCGUUAUUUAUGCUCGAUUUGUAACGCGGGAAUUCUAUAAAUUAUGUGAAAUUUGAAAAAAAAAAUCUGAAUCUUUGGGGAA